AUGAGUAUGCAGUUUACUGGAUUGCAAGUUAGUUUUUUUUUUUGGAAGAUUUGACUGGUUGUGAAAAUAAAAUUAUGAAUUAUGAAUUUAAUUCUAUGAUAAUCAAUUAAGGUAGUUUCGUGGAUCCUUCUUCUACUCGGAACGGGUGUUUUGACAAUAUCUUUAAUUUCCGAUUACUGGUCAACACAUAUUCCACAUGAUCAUCAUGGUAAGACUAAGAACUCCUUUCCCAAAAUACAAUUAUUAAUUUUUAUUCAUUCAGAAAACUUAUCAAUGAAUCGAGGACUUUUACGUCAAUGUAUCAGAACAUCAUCAUAUUCAAAUUGCAAUUUUCGACUUGCAAGUAUUUUUAAACAUUUGAAGGAGACAUUCAAAUUGGAUGGAGAUUUGAUGAGCGCAAGAACUAUUUAUCGACAUAAACCGACACAGAGUUAGUUGCAGAUUUUUUUUUGAAAAUAUUUUCGGGAUAAAAUUUUAAUGAACAACAAACAAUAUUUGAAUUGAUGGUUCUAAUUUUUUGUUAAAUUUUCUUGUUAAUAACAAAAUUGGAAAAAUUGUUCAUGAUCCAAUUCUCAAAUAUAAAACCAAUUAAAUUCAGAAACAAAAUUAUUCCAAAAUACAUGAAUAUAACAUAUUUUUCAUUCUCACACCCUAUAAUAACCAUAUAUCUCAAGAACAACCUAAAUCAAUGAAAAAGAAAUAUGCUUUCUAGAGGUAUCACAAAUUUUCGAAAUUACAUAUCUCCAAAAAAACAGUCUUCAAUUUUGUUUGAUAUAUUCUGUCAUCAUAAAUAUUUUCUAACUUGAAAUUACAAAACCAUAUUUCAAAAAAUGCUAUGUUUCACAUAAAAUAAGAAUAAUAGUUUCACAACCCGUUAUAACCAUAAAUUUUCGUGACAAAAAAAUAACAACAAAAAAUCUUCCAGGCUUUGAAAUAUUCGUGGCUCUUUUCAUUGUAAUUGCAUGCCUCGUUGCUGGCACAGUUCUUUUGUUUGGCCCAUUUUGUUGUCAAAAAUGCAAAGCGUCAACGACACUUCUCAUUUUCAUAACAGGCGUUUUUUCCGGUUCAGGAUGUCUGGUUUAUUGGAAUUCGAAUCGUGAAGGACACACUUUUACUUUGGUACAAUCAUCUUAUUCACAAGAGUAUUUUAAUUUUGAAUAUGUGAGUGAAUUUGUUUUUAUCGCUAAAACACUAUUUUCUUAAAUUUCAGAGUGGCGACAUUAACAAUUUGUCUUGGUCAUUUUAUAUGGCAUGCACUAGUACAGUUAUCAUUCUAAUCUCCGCAUUUUUAUUGUGCGUUUCUUCUCGCGUUGAUCCAGAUGUUGAAUAUGAACCUGCUGUGACAAGUGUAUAA